AUGAGUCGGUUAACUUCUAUGAAAUGGAUCCUGUUGCUUGCUCCCUUCCUUCUGGAAAUUGGAUCCUUGGUUUGUGCCUACUCUACUCCGGAACCUCGGUCUCUUUCAAGACGCGCUGCACUCGCCACCGCUUUCUCGGCAAUGGCAGCUCCUCUACCUGUGUUGGCGGCGCCUGAUUGCUUCAAGGACUGCAUGAAAAACUGCAAAUUGAUUGCACCGAAAGAUCCUGAUUAUUGUUUGGCAAACUGCAAGGGGUACUGUGAACAAGAGGAUAGAAACGAUGGUCUUUCCGGUAGCGUCAGUUCAUCUUCAGGUGAAGUUGGUAUUCUUGGGGGGACUUUUGGACAAGGAACAGUUGCUAAAGGAGACGACAAGCCUCCAACCUUGAACUUGCCUGGACUUGACUUUACCAACGAAAAAGGAAAGAAGCUAAUUGGUUAUUAG